CGCUUUUCUCUGGUAUGAUAUGCCACUUCAAUAUUUUGCUAGAAUUAUAGUAAAAGACCAUUGGCAAGAAUAUCAUAUAAAGAGUCCAAAUCAUGCAGGGCUUGAAGCUGAAGGAGAGUAAGAUUAUGAGAAAGAUAUUAAGCAUUGAUAGCUUCAAAGGAGAAAACCAGAAUUCAUCAGAGGCCAGAAAGGAAACUCCUAGUUUGAAUCAAGCAUCUGCAUACUCAAGAAGACAUUUCUAUCAUCAAACCAAAAAGAUCUUUGUUGGUUCUUGGAAUAUUGGAGGCAUUACACCACCCAAGAACUUGGACAUGGAAGACUGGCUUGACACAGAAAAUAAUUCAGCAGAUAUUUAUGUUCUGGGGUUCCAAGAAAUUGUACCUCUAAAUGCAGCAAAUGUACUAGGUCCCAAAAACAGAAAAGUUUGUAUGAAAUGGAAUUCUCUAAUUGGAGCAGCCCUUAACAAUAGAACACCAACAAAGGUGGUUGAAGGAGAUAAAAUAGCUGAAUCACAGAAGAUAUAUCCUUUGAAGGAACAUAUUUGUGCAGAGGGAGAACAUCAACAAGACUUUCAGUGCAUCAUAAGCAGGCAGAUGGUGGGAAUGUUCAUAACUAUAUGGGCUCGAUGUGACCUCUAUCAAACAAUCAGGCACUUGAGUGUUUCAUCUGUUGGCUGUGGAAUCAUGGGCUACUUCGGAAACAAGGGUUCGGUAUCAAUCAGAUUUUACUUGCAUGAAACAAGUUUCUGCUUUGUAUGUAGUCAUCUAGCAUCUGGUGGAAAAGAAUCAGACCGAAGACAAAGAAACUUUAAUGCAAUAGAUAUUUUGUCCAGGACAAUCUUCCCCUCUGGGCCUCUGCAAGAUAGGCCUCAAAAGAUUAUUGAUCAUGACCGAAUAGUCUGGCUAGGAGACUUGAACUACAGGAUUUAUAUGCCAAGCUCUACAACACAGUCACUGAUCAAGAAAAGAGACUGGGAAACCUUGUUGAAAUAUGAUCAGCUCAAGCUGGAGCUCAUGGAGGGCAAUGUGUUCCAAGGUUGGCAUGAAGGAGCUAUAGAGUUUCCACCUACAUACAAAUACCGGCCAAAUUCUAAAGAUUAUCUAGGUUGUGGUGAGCAGCAUACAAGCAAAAGGGGGCGUUCUCCAGCAUGGUGUGACAGAAUAAUAUGGUUUGGGAAGGGAAUGANGCAAAUCCAAUACAACAGGAGUGAGUCAAGACUCUCUGAUCAUAGACCUGUACGAGCAAUGUUCACAGCAGACAUCAAGGUGGCAGUGAAUUGAACAUGAUUCAAAAUGUUAUAACAAAAGCAUUUCGUCCAAUAGAUUUCAGUUCUCAUUAUGCCAUUUCUCAAAUGAGGUUUAUCCUUUAGGAUCCCAAGUAUGGUAGGUGAAUUGUGAGACUUGAUAAUUUUUGGUUUAUUUUUGGCCUACUUUUUGUGUUAGAGAAUACAUAAGAGGCCUGAGAAAGAGUUGCUCUCAAUAUUUUUUUGGAGGGAGAAAAGGGGGACCAGCUGAUGCAAAGCAUAGUAAUUUGCCAUGUUUGUAAUUUUAACUCAUACAAGAAACUGGUAUUAAGAUUUUAAAUUCAAUAUUCCGAUAUUAUAUAUUUAAAAUUCACCCAACUCCAAAACCCCAUCAGUUAAUUAUUUCCGAAUACAUCAAGAUUAAGCCAUUUGAUGAAACAGCAUAAAUUAUUGAAUGACAAAAACUUACACCAUAAAAGGAAAAUUAGGCGUCAUUUGUCUUGCCUCCCUCACUGUCUAACAAUAUUUGAGCAUUCAAAUUCAUGUAAAAUAUGAAACUAAAGCAGUAAUUGUUAACCAUUAACAAUAAAAUGCAAAAAAUGGUAGA